GGGAGGCUGCGCGCGCAGAGCUCACUGUCCGGCGGCGGAAGAUGUUGUCCUGCGGGUGUGUGAGGCGGCGGUUUCUGAGCUUCCUGCGGCUUCCGUGCUUUCCCCCCUCGGCCUUCAACACCGGCACCGGGCAGGGGAGCCAUGGGGACUUCUUCAAGGAUUUUGAGAAUGGGAUUAUGAAAUUCAAACAGAAAACCAAGGAUGCACUUCCAGGAAGUGACUGGAAUCCUGUGUACCAAACCCCUGGUCUGCCUCCCGAGUGGGCUGAUGUUGUCAUCGUGGGGGGAGGGGUGGUGGGCUGGUCCAUCGCUUACUGGCUGAAGAAAAAGGAGAAAAUUCGGAACACGCUCCGAGUGGUUGUGGUGGAGAAGGACCCAACAUACUCCAAAGCUUCCACAGCCCUGUCGGUGGGAGGUAUUCGUCAACAAUUUUCUCUGCCAGAGAACAUUCAUUUGUCCCUGGACUCUGCUUGCUUCUUACGCAAUAUAAAGGAGAACCUCAGUGUGAUAAAUAAGGACCCUGUGGACAUACAGUUUAACCCUUCAGGAUACCUGUUCCUGGCCAGUGAUGAGGGUAGUGCAGCUCUAGAGGAGAAUUAUCAUAUCCAGAGGAGAGAAGGUGCAAAGGUCAUGCUCCUAACACCACAGCAGUUACAGAAGAAGUUUCCGUGGAUCAACAUAGACGGUGUUGCAGUUGCCUCCUUUGGUCUCGAGAAUGAGGGCUGGUUUGAUCCCUGGAUGCUACUGAAUGCAUUUCGAAAUAAAGCGCUAUCCAUGGGCAUCCAUCAUUGUUAUGGAGAAGUAACUGGCCUAAAACAUUCUGUCCAAGAGGUGGAGGCAAAUGAUGGAAGCACAGUGACCUUUAAGAGAAUCCAUCAUGUCCAUGUGCAGAUGCCAGACAGCUUGGAGUACCAGCCAGUGGAAUGUUCUUUGGUUGUCAAUGCAGCUGGAGCUUGGUCAGCCAAAGUGGCAGAGAUGAUCGGAAUUGGUAGUGGGCCUGAAGGUACUCUGGCUGGUACAAAACUCCCUGUGGAACCCAGGAAGAGGUAUGUAUACGUCUUUAAUUGUCCAAAUGGCCCUGGGCUAGACUGUCCUUUGUUUAUCGACAACAAGGGAGCGUACUUCCGGCGGGAAGGUUUGGGAGGCAACUAUGUUGGAGGAAUUUCUCCUACAGAGGAGGAUGAGCCAGAUCCCAGUGAUCUAGAGGUGGAUUAUGACUUCUUCCAGGAGAAGGUGUGGCCCCAUCUGGCUCACCGAGUGCCUGCUUUUCAGACCUUGAAGGUGAAGAGCGCCUGGGCUGGUUACUAUGAUUACAAUACCUUUGACCAGAACGCAAUCAUUGGGGUUCACCCACUGGUCCCCAACUUCUACUUUGCCACUGGGUUCAGUGGGCAUGGGCUGCAGCAAUCACCAGCUGUGGGAAGGGCCAUCGCCGAGCUCAUUGUGGAUGGAAAGUUUCAGACCCUUGACCUCAGCGCAUUUGACUUCCUCCGAUUCUACACAGACACCAAAGUGCUGGAGAAGAAUAUUGUGUGAGUUGGAUUUUGCACAUUUCUGAUGUCGCAGAGAAAUGCAGCUCCUCAGGAUCUGCCAUUCAUUUUGGGUUAAUUCCAUUAGAAGGUGACAUUGAGGUUACCUGAGGCAAGACUCUUUAAUGUAUUGAAUCUGUCUUCUGUAGUUUAGCUUCCACAAGCUGGAACAAUUCAGCUUGGCAGAAAGUGUGAUGUCAUCACAUGGGCAGCCAACGAUUCAAGAAUGUGCGGGAUCUUUCAAAGCUAUUUUACUGUUACCCAUGGUAUAAAUAGCCUAGUGGAUCCAAAGGAAUACUGGGAUUCAAACCUAUCCCAAAGAUAGUUUAAAGUUUAAACUCCCAACCUUGGUACAAUUACUGGUUACUGUCAUAACUGAGUGAGCUGCUUUGGGUAAGUGUAAUUUCUUGCAUUCCUCCAUGGCAACAAGGAAUUGAAUGUCUACCACUUGGUGCCACUAUGAUGUACAACCCAAUGUUUACAAAGUGGGAAGUAACUUCUAGUGGCAAAUGGAAGGUUCUUUAUUAUAAUGAAAUCAUAAAUGCUGCUCAAAAUUGUUCAUUUAAAAAAAAAAUACAAUAAUACCUGGUGAUGGAGAUCUGCCUCACUGUAAACCCACAGUCUGACAUUCUACAGGACUUAUAAUUUUAAGUGUUAUUUAUGUAACACACAGAUUAUGGGCUUGGUUUAUGUAAUCUGUAUUUUUAGCAGGUAUAUGCACAGGAAUUUGCCUCCAGACUAUUUAAACACAAUUUGUUAGGAACAUUUUUCCACUCCUGCAAUGAAAGGUAUGGGAGUGGAAUGAGAAGAGUUCUGGAAACCAGAAAAUGUGAUGUUCCACUGGCCUGAAAUACUGCAGCGACAGCACUAAGUAUUUGUAAUAAAAAAAUUAUGAAUAAAAUAAAACUUGAAAAUAAA